UACACGUACUUUCUUAUCACGCAAAGUUCAAAUUUUUCUUCUUUUUAUACAUAAAAAUACUCAAAAUUGAUAUUAUAAACUUAAAGUUAUGUUUCGUAGAAGAUUAAAAGCUUUAGAUUUUGAAGAUUGGGACAAGUUUAAUGGAAACGACUCAGGUGAAGUUCGUCAUCUUGUAUUGUGGUUGGAAGAUCAAAAAAUUCGCUACCACAAACCCGAAGGUCGAACUGCAUUACGCGAAAUUGAAUCAAACAAUUGGCCAAAAGCAUUUGAUGAAUAUUGCAAAGAACUUGGAUGUCCAGUGAAAACUUCUUUGCUUGAUAAAGUUGAAUGGCUCGUGGGUCAAGCGAUUCGUUACGAAUACGAGGAUAAUCAAAAAGUAUGUCAAGAUAUUUUAAGUAAUAAAUUAAACAAAAAAACUGAAAUCAUCGCUCCUACAGUUAAAUCAACAAAUCCAUUGGACAGUUUAGAUUUCGACAGUAAAGAAUUCAAGGAAGGAGUGAGCGCUUUGGCGAAAUUGUUGGACAUUCAAGAACAUCCAGAUCAUCUAAUAACAUUAGAGGCAUGCAGUAAACUUGUCUCUAAGAAAUUAAGUCCAUCGAUUGUAAAAAAUCCAAAUGCCUUUAUACCCGAAGGCAAAGCGUUUCCAAUUUUAGAACAAAAAAUUGGUCCCGAUAUGAAGGAUCCAGUUUUAAAUAAAGCCUCAAGAAUUCUUCAACUUCUCUAUAUUCAAGAUCUUCGCGAAUUGCAAACGAAAAUCAACGAAUCCAUUGUCAGUGUUCAAUCAAUAACUGCAAAUCCAAAAACCGAUACAAAAUUGGGAAAAGUUGGAUUUUAAAAAAUUAGUACGUAAUUUAAUUAUCAUAUUAUAUAAUUUCAAAAAUUAUCCAAGUGAAAAUUUUUUUUAUAAAUUUUAAAAAUAAAUUUAAAUACUUCACGAUA